ACGUACUUAUAAAAUAUAUAUAUUUUCUUAUUUGAAACAAAAACUCUUAUUUAAAACUUGAAUACUAAACUGAGAUAAAGAAAUUGGCUUACUAACUUUUUAGCAAACAAAAAGCAAGUGUCUAUUGUGUGAUAAUGUUUAAAGGUGUUCCCACGCUAGCGAAUUGGAAUUUGCAAUUAUUGAAAAGGUCCCAAACGUCGGCAUCAUUGUUGGGUCUACGUUCAAAGGCCACGGCUUUGGAUUUGCAAAAGGAUUCCAUUGAGGACCAAUUGAUACGAACCAAAUUUGGUCAUACCGGCAAACAUUUGCAACAGAAAAUUGCCACCGAGAAGAAAUUACGUGCACCGCCGUUGCUGAAUUUGGUUUUUGCCAAUCGGAAAUUAUCCUUCUAUGACACCAGCUCGACACCCAAAGUACAAGAAGAUAAUAAUGCCAAACUCAAUCAGCGACGCAACUAUUCGAUGCGGCCUCAUCGCGAACAGGAGCAGCGAAAUGCCGAGGAUGUGCUCUUCGAUAUGUUUGCCAGCGAGGAGACAGGACUCAUAUCGAUGGGAAAAUUUCUGGCUGGCCUGAAGACAACUGGCAUAAGGCGCAAUGAUCCUCGAGUUCGGGAGCUAAUGGACAAUUUGAAGAAAGUCCAUAAAUUGAAUAACUAUGAAACGGGUUCCUCGGCAGAGACACAACAUUUGAAUCGAGAGACCUUUAAGGCUGUGGUCGCCCCUAAUAUUGUGUUAAUUGCCAAGGCAUUCCGUCAACAAUUCGUUAUACCCGAUUUCACAAGCUUCAUUAAGGACAUUGAGGACAUUUAUUGGCGUUGCAAGAGCAAUACAUUGGGUAAAUUGGCCGAUUAUAUACCACAAUUGGCACGCUAUAGUCCUGAUGCUUGGGGUGUCAGUAUUUGCACUGUGGAUGGUCAAAGGUUUUCCAUUGGCGAUGUUGAAGAACCCUUUACCCUGCAAAGUUGCAGUAAACCCCUGACCUAUGCCAUUGCCCUGGAGAAGCUGGGCCCCAAAGUGGUGCACUCGUAUGUGGGUCAAGAGCCAAGUGGUCGAAACUUUAAUGAAUUAGUCUUGGAUCAGAAUAAAAAACCUCAUAAUCCAAUGAUCAAUGCUGGAGCAAUUUUAACUUGCUCUUUGAUGAAUGCUUUGGUCAAGCCGGAUAUGACAUCGGCGGAGAUUUUUGAUUAUACCAUGUCGUGGUUUAAGCGUUUAUCGGGCGGUGAAUACAUUAGUUUCAAUAACGCUGUAUUCCUAUCCGAACGCGAGGCGGCGGACAGAAAUUACGCCCUGGGCUUUUAUAUGCGUGAGAAUAAGUGCUUCCCGAAACGGACUAACCUCAAGGAGGUAAUGGAUUUCUAUUUCCAAUGCUGCGCAAUGGAAACAAAUUGCGAGGCCAUGUCGGUUAUAGCGGCAAGUUUGGCCAAUGGUGGCAUUUGUCCCACCACCGAAGAGAAGGUCUUUAGGCCAGAGGUCAUACGCGAUGUUCUUUCCAUUAUGCAUUCAUGUGGAACUUAUGAUUAUUCCGGGCAAUUUGCCUUUAAAGUGGGUUUGCCAGCCAAAUCGGGUGUGUCCGGUGGCAUGAUGCUGGUCAUACCCAAUGUAAUGGGCAUUUUUGCCUGGUCCCCGCCAUUGGAUCACUUGGGGAACACUGUACGCGGUCUGCAAUUCUGUGAGGAACUGGUGAACAUUUUCAAUUUCCAUCGUUAUGACAAUUUGAAGCAUUUGUCGAAUAAGAAGGAUCCCCGCAAACAUCGCUACGAAACCAAGGGUUUGUCUAUUGUCAAUUUAUUAUUCUCGGCUGCCAGUGGAGAUGUCACAGCAUUGCGUCGUCAUCGCUUGAGUGGCAUGGAUAUCACUUUGGCCGAUUAUGAUGGACGCACUGCAUUGCAUUUGGCCGCCUCAGAGGGUCAUUUGGAGUGUGUGAAAUUUUUACUAGAACAAUGCCAUGUCCCCUAUAAUCCGAAAGAUCGUUGGGGUAAUUUACCCGUCGAUGAAGCAGAGAAUUUCGGUCAUACCGAUGUGGUGGAUUAUCUCAAGAGUUGGGCUGAAAAAUCCACGGAUGCCCCGCAAGAAUGCACUCCGGAGGCCGUAACGACAACAACCGCAGCUGAUGAGGAACUGUGCAGCACCAGCGAUUUGGAUCGUAGUGCCACAUCCAGUCCCGUAUUGAGUAACAGUCCAGUGCCAUCGGAAGCGGACAGCGUAACGAGCAGAGACGAUAAGACCAAGCCAGGACUAUAGAAGUAUCUAAACAUCUAAAAAGCAAAACUAACACAAAUCACCUAUCUAUAGAAUCUCUAAAUUAUUAGCACCAAAACUUUUUAGUUCAUAUGAAAAUUUUAAACUUAGUUAGCCUUUCUAUUGAGUUCCUUAUCAAUUUUCGGAUAAUCUUUCAUACUAAUAAAUACAAAACCCAACACAUACCAUAUUAUAUAGUGAACGAUUUAGCGGCAUUUGUCUACUUAAUUGUAUUUAGUUAGACAUUUUUUCUCAUUGCAAAAAUUGUAUUGUAUGUCAAUUUUCAACAAAUUCGAUCCGAGUCUGGUACUUGAAGAUCACAUUUGUUGUUUUCCAGCUAUAAAUGUAACAAAUGACAAUAAUCUAUAAAUUUAUAUACAUACAGAUAUAUAGUAUAUAUAACUUUGAGAAAUGUUUUCCUAUAGUUUCUAUUUGUACAAGUGUAUUUCUAUAUAUAAAUUUAUAUACAUAUAUGUAUUGUGUGUAUUAAACUUGUUCUCUAAAUAUAUAUCAUAUUCAAACUUA